AUGAGCAACCGAGAAGUAGCUGAAGCCUGGCUGAAGCUGCGAGACAACGACAUCUCGGCAAUAGUCUACUUCGAGAACGAACAGCUUUCAGUGCUGGACCGCACUUCGAAGGUCGAGUCUUUCCAAACUUCUCCUUACGCAAAAAUGCUGGAAUCGUGCAUCGUCUAUUUGGAUGAAAGCCAUACAAGAGGAACAGACAUACCCGGGCUACCACGAUACUACCGGGCUGCCCUAACGCUAGGCAGUCAACUGACCAAGGAUCGCCUCACACAAGCUGCUAUGCGACUACGGAAGCUUGGAAAAGGCCAAUCAGUGUGUUUUGUCAUACCCGGAGAGAUACAGACAAAGAUCUACGAGCGAAGCGGCAAGCCAAUUGGUACUCCGAUCGAAACGUAUGAUGUAUUGGCGUGGGCGAUCGGCGAAACCUGGGCGGACCUCAAGAGGUCACUAGCACUCUGGGCAAUUCAAGGCCGGAGGUUUGAGUGCCAGAAAGGCAUGUUGAACGGCCUUGAUACUACCAAAGAACAAGCCAAGGCUUUUCUGGAAGAUGAAGCGGCAGAUUUGGAAACUCGCUACAAGCCAUCUGCACCGAACAACGACGAGUCCGCGCACCUCGACAACUGGGACAUGUCCAAUGUCAACAUCGUCAGCAUCGUUUCACGAUGCCGUAGCUUCGAAGCUAUGGGUGGUUUUGAAGCAGCCGCCCUAACUAAGGAGCAAGAGUGUGAGCUUGCACCGGAAAUCGAAAUGGAGCGCGAGGUCGAGCGCCCACCACGCUUGAAGGCUCAUCCACAUGAUGUUCAUACAGAUUUGGAAAGCCUCAUCCACACUGGAACUAUCGUCUACGGCUCUACGGCUUUCGUGCCUGCCUUCGUAUCUCUCAACACCACGAGCGCUGGAAAGCUAUUCAACCUGAGAAGUCUCCCCAAUGACUUGCUGGUUACCGCAGACUUCAUGCGCACUGUCCAAAUACCCCCAGGAUCAACCCGAGCAUCUUUCGUUUCCGACUCGUACCAGCGCCCGGUGCAAUUCAUCUUGAGCGUGCCAAGCUUCAGCAGCCCAGGUACUAUCAGCAAGCUCAUCAUUAUGAGCCCCUACGAGGUCAAUCAGUUGCUACCCCUGAUUGGGCAGUCGGACAAGGUUACGCUACACAUCUACGCUCCACGGUUUAACGUCAGUUAUGCAUCGAUCGAUGACCUCAUGCUCUACAACGUCGGUCGAACUUUCUCGCCUGGUUCGGUCUCACGUAGCUUGACGAUGCAGCUUAAUCUCUUUGCCGGAAGUCUUUAUCUGCGCUCGUUGUCUGAGUGGGCCGAACUCUGUGACCAUCUUGGUCUUCUGAAGGACACAGUGGAAGACGGCCAGGAAGCCUCUCCAGACGGGUUUCUCAUGCCGCCAGCCGGUAUCUGGAACUUGAAGAAGUCUCCUGUUCCCUUCCUGCGAGCAUGGCUUAUGAAGGUUCGGCGCGAGGGAGAGGGUAUUGAGAAGACCCAUAUGGGCAAGGUGCUAAGCGGGGCUAGGCUGGAGGAGAGCGAUUUUGCGGAGGAGGAGUAG